AUGCGCACGAGCUGGCUGUUGCUAGUUUUGGCCGCACUGUUAAUUCAGUCAGCAUAUGGUCGUAAUGAUGAAAAUGGAAGGAGAUAUAAACUGUUUGGACAACGUGGACGUGCAAGCAUUGGAGACGCUCGUACCACCAACAACAGCAGAACCACCAACAACAGCUACACCCCCAACAACAGCAGAACCACCAACAACAGCAACACCACCAACAACAGCAGAACCACCACCACCGCCACCACCUCCUCCACCACCACCACCUCCACCACCACCACCACCACCACCACCUCCACCACCUCCUCCACCACCACCACCACCACCUCCACCACCUCCACCACCACCACCACCACCACAGAUGAUGAUGAUGAUAAGCCCCCAGAAGAUGAUAAAGAAGAGGAGGAAGAGGAGGAGGAAGAAGAAGAAGGAGGAGAUGAUGAUGAGAAAGACGACGAAGAUGAUGAAGGCGGUGACGAUGAAGGUGGCGACGAUGAAGGUGGCGACGAUGAAGGUGGAGACGAUGAAGGUCGCGGAGCUGUAGGUCCCAGGGUCAAGUCACAAUUUGAUAACGAACAAGAUUUACUUAAUAUCAGCAACGAAAAUGAUGAUGGAAACUAUCUGAGCGAUUUUAAUGAUCCCGCUGAACUUGGUCGUGCUUCACGCUCUCGUCUUUCUCGUUGGCGCUCUCGCCAAAUGAGGCGUCGUCGUCGUCAACAAGCUAUGAGACGUAGAAGACGUUUGAAUCGCAUGCGCAGAAACCGCCAAAGGAACACCUAUAGAAGACGCUUAUACAGAUUCAGACUUACCAGGAACCGUCGUACCCGUCAACGCAGAAAUCAAGCAGCUCGCAGACGCGCUAUGAUGCGUAGACGCACUCGUUUACAAAGACUACGUCGCACACAAAACCUUAGACGCCGUCGCAUAGCUGCUCAACGCCGCAGACUACAAAGGCGCCACAGGAACCAAUUACGCAGAAUCAGAAAGCAACGUGUUAGAGCAAACAGACGUCGUGCAUUAUCCAGACGCCGUAGAAAUAGUCGCCGCCGCAACAGGAGACAAGCCAUUAGAAAUCAAAUCCGAGUCAAUCGUAUCAGACGUAGAAAUCCUAACAGUAUAAUUAUUCGCGAAGUUUAA